AUGGGAGACGACAGCCUGACUGAUGCAGAUGUUGAGGAAGCGUGCAAAGUUGCGAACGCUUUAGGAUUUAUCAACCAUCUCAGUGAGGGCUUCAAUACCGUAAUCGGUGAGGGUGCUGUGCAGCUAUCAGGCGGUCAGAAACAACGAAUCGCUAUCGCCAGAGCUCUCGUCAGAAACCCUCAGAUUUUGCUUCUGGACGAAGCAACCAGUGCCCUGGACACAGAAAGCGAGCAUGCAGUGCAAGAAAGCGCUCGACAAGGUUCACGAUUGACAAGCUGGAUACUAAAUAUUGUUUCGAAGAAAAAGCACGCGAAAACCGAACUACCAUAUGCAUUAGCCCAUCGGCUGUCAACUAUCAGAGAUGCCGACAAAAUUAUUGUAUUCGACGAGGGACACGUUGUCGAGCAAGGUAAGAGCUCAACUUCGGUCAGAAAUAGCGGUUAUUCAGAAUAUUUCAAAAAUCAUUAA